GCGACUUAUGGGUUUAUGGUCGCUCUCAAAUGUAUAAAUUCCGUUCUCAGUACCAAGGAGAGAAAAACAAAGACUUGGGAGUUCGGAGUAAUCUACAGACGAGUCCGGUCGAGAAGAUCUGACUCCUUAUUAUUGGUUUCAGAAAUGUCUCAAUCAGCAAAACCGAUCUCUAGCCCAGUCCCUGAGUCGUUGUACCCAACUCUAGCCGUGUUCAUGCUCGCUAUUGGUCUUGUCGUAACGGCUUCUUUCCUCAUCUAUGAAGCUACUUCAAGGAAGAAUCGCAGCCUUGCAAAAGAGCUCACGAGUGGGGCAGUAGCAUCUGUUUUCUUGGGUUUUGGAUCAUUGUUCUUGCUGCUUGCGUCAGGCGUGUAUGUUUGAUUUGCAGACAUGGAUAGAAACGAGAUUUUGUAUUCAACAAAAUGAAUGCCAUUUUGACUGUUCUAGAACUAUAACAGAUUGUCACCUCCUUGAGUAGUCUGAGAGUUAGGGAACUGAACGACAAUCAGGACUUCUGUUUUCUUUUUUUUUUUUCUUUUCCUGUAAGGGAUCUCAGUUUUAAUUUUUGUAUCUUUGUAUUUUUGCUCCAGUUUUAUAACUGGUGUAAUUGCUGCUGCCUUUCCUUAGCCGAGAGUCUUUCGAAAACACCCUCUCUGCCUUCUUGAAGCCGAGGGUUUUCUCUUUUAUGUCCAUUUUGAGUCUUCUAAAUCUUAAGAUGUUCUGAAAAAGUGAGCUUGCAAAGUCA